ACACUAGAAGAUGCCAGAAAAGGGCAGGUGGCAAUUGAUGUGCCAAAUAUUAGCGAUGUUGAAGGAAAUGGAAACACAUCGACGAAACGUAAACGGCAUCGAAUGAGAAAGAAUAGCGCAGAACUGCCGCCAAUGAUGACUGCACCAAGGCAUGUGCAUGGUGGCGAUUGGAAAGAUAUGCUUUAUAUGACAAAUCUGCGACAAAAGAAGAAAAGUGGAAAUGCAUGGAUUGAACGCAAAAUUAAAAAACGGGAAUGUUCGAAAUUUAUGCCAUCCCAGAAGUACUCGACAAGAUGCGGUUGUGGCAUGGCAGAGGCUCAACACCCCCAAGAAGCUCGUAAACCUUUGUCUCCGCACAAAUUUCUCACUCUUCCCGGAGCUGACGAUGAAACGACAAACGAAUCUGAUAGCCAUGAGCCAGCAAAGAGUCAUGGAAAGAAAGCACACGGGCUGAGAUGGACCAUUGGAAAGAACACAGAACUUGCCCCUACCAAUUGCUAUGGAUCAAUCGUGUUUGAAGGUAAGAUGAACUAUCGAUAAAG